AUGUCGCAUCAAACUUUGGCUACAGGAUGCUCCCCCGCUGAGCUCUUGACUCAUGUCCUGACUGUUAUCAGCAAUGACGAGAAAGCCAGUCACCAUUUACCGUUUGUCCUCACUAUGCUGGUCAAUCACCGUCUUCUCUGCGACAGCAGUGAAGCGGCCGAAACCGUGCAACGCAAAUGGACAGUACGAUUAAACGCUUUAUUACAAUCGAAGCAAGCUUCCACUCGGUGGGCGGCCGUCACGCUUGUCAAAGUGACAUGUGAACAAUCCCCACGUUUAUAUAUGACUCACUUACGAUCGUGGAGCGCGCAAUUGCUUGGUUUUGUUGCUAAACCGGAACCUACCAUGAUACACGCCGAAACGAUUCGUACCUUGUCUUGGCUUUUUACGCAAACCGUAGAUAAGCCCGAGUUGCAGAGAGAAGUCACGACUCCCAACCUCCCUCGAUUUAAUCAGGCUCUACUGACCCUCGCUGGCAACGCUGAACUUUUGCCCACCGUCUUGGAUGCAUUGAUCCAGAAUAUCAAGCAUUUCCCUUCAGUAUCACGACAUAUUACCGAUCCGUGUCUGAAGCUCUGCCUAAGUUGUUUGGAAGGAACCGUCGAUCUCGAAUCCGCUACGCUUGAAAAGGUCGGCCAGUGUCUUGCGUCGCUGUAUCGAACUUCGGGUAAAACCAAUAUGGCUGAACAAUGGAAAGACACGUUAAUGCGUUUGAUCGGAUCGAUCCACUUGAGCUUGGAGCGUUUAUUCGAUACGGUUGAUGAAGAGAAUUUGCCGACUUUUACUUCGUCUCCUUUCCCUCGCGAUCCCCUCGAAGCUUUUCCUAUCCUGUUAAAACGUGUCCAAGCGCUUGGUCAGUGCAUUACCACUUUCUUGAGUAUGGAGACCGCCAUGGCCGUGUCUGUGCCUGUUGUCCAUCUUAUUGACCUGUUGUGCCGCAUUUACAAUGUCUACGAAGGCACUCUGAUGCGUGAAUACAAAGAUAAAUCAGAAUACAGCUGCCUCAUGGGCUGCUUACCGACAUUACACUCAACGGCAAAUAAGAUUUUUGCCAGUCUGUUGUAUUGUUCUGGCGCCGAAUUGUCGAGAUACAGCAAGCUUUUCUCUCAAAUUCUUCUCAGAUUACUGUCCGAACACAAACACAAGCGCACCCUCAAAAUUUCGACCUACAACCUUGUUUCCUUGUGUCUGCAAAUGUGUGGACUCACUUUUGGUGAAAUCAUUUGCAAACCACUGUCUACGAGAAUCAUUGAAGAUAUCACCAUCAAUGAACAAAACUCGUCGGCCCUUGCCUCCACAAAUAGUUUCUUAAAGAGCAAAUCCAGAAAACGAAGACAUGAUGAAUUGACGCAUUCUGACGCAUUAGCAAAUGAGGAUACCAGCUCUUCAAGCCAGUGUGAAGUGCCCUUGGCGGCUUUGGGGGCAUUGGAACAGUUGUUGAAUGUUUACGGAUCGUCCAUGGAUCCGCAAACUCGAUCCGCGCUUGACAGCAUCAUUCUUUCCCGACUUUUAUCUUCUAUUCAUCCCGGAAAAGCCUCGGCUGAGAUGAUUAACGUGACCAAACAUCAGCUAUACAAGUGCUUGUUAUCCUCAGUCUUGCAUCCUGUCGCAACACAAGCCAGUAUUUUGCCUCAUGCCAUGCGCUUAUUCUCUUCUGGCCUUAAUGAAAGCAACCAUGAGCUUCGCUCUACCUGUUUACAGGGUAUGACGAUUUGUGAAUUAAUCAUUCAUCCUCGUAUGCCUCCAGUCCAGCGCACGAUGCCCCGACCAACAGUUCCUGUCAAUUUAAUGGAUGAACCUGAAAUCGCCGCUGUUAUUGAAUCAGCAGAUACCGAAAUGGCCUCGCCACCCGCGGAUAUCCCAGCUGCCAAGCGUGUCGAAACGUCGAUGCCUGCCGCAACAUCGAUCGCCACAUCGAGCUUCACAGAAAAAAUGGAAACAAGCCAAAUUUCUACCGCCGAAUCGCCAGCAGCGAUAACAGCAACCACCACCGAACCAGUGACCAUGGAAAUUACACAGUCAGAGCCAACUUCCGUGGCAGCAAUUCUCGAUUCGGCAGAGGCCAAAUCAGAGGAUAAAACUGUGGCAAAGGAUACAUCUGUAGCCGAGGAGGCUGUAGCGUCGCGUCCUGAACCUGCUGUUCCUGCGACGAUCGACAUCAUGCCAGCUGUGACUUCCUCCGAUAUCGCGACGGCGUCGACAUCUAAAACCAAAACCACUGUUGCCCCGCAAACCAGCAUUUCAGAUGAUGAUUUGGACGAAGAUAUGGAAGGCAUGCCCGAUAUCGAUUUGGCAGGUCCAGAUACGGACGAGGACGAAGAUUAA